AUGUCUGCACACUCGGAAAAGAAGAAUGGUGCUGAAGAAGCAGGAGAUGAUCACAGUUUCAAGAGUAGCGGUUUUGCCACCAGAGCACUGCACGUCGGUCAGGAAGCCUCUCAAUGGACCUCUCGAGCAGUCGUCCCGCCGAUCGUCAUGUCGACCACCUUUGCGCAGUUUGCGCCGGCCGUCACUGCGGGCUUCGAAUACGGCCGCAGCGGCAACCCAACGCGUGACUCGCUGGAGAAGGCGCUGGCCGCCCUGGAGAAGGCGGACUACGCCCUGACCUUCGCCUCCGGCCUGGCCGCCCAGACGAACAUCACCCAGCUGCUGAAGGCCGGUGACCACGUGCUGGCCGGCGACGAGCUGUACGGCGGCACGAAUCGGUACUUCCGCACGGUGGCCGCCAAGUUCGGCCUCACCAUCAGCUACGUCGACUUCUGCGACCUGGCGGCGGUGAAGGCGGCCAUUCAGCCCACCACACGGCUGGUCUGGUUCGAGACGCCCACCAAUCCGCUGCUGAAGGUGACGGACAUUGCGGCGGUCUGCCAGCUGGUGAGGGCAGCCACUGGUGCGGACAUCAUCACCGUCGUCGACAACACCUUCCUCAGUCCGUACUUUCAGAAUCCGCUGACGCUAGGGGCGGACAUUGUCAUGAACUCCAUUACCAAGUACAUUAACGGCCACUCUGACGUGAUCAUGGGCGCCAUCGCGACCAAUCGCGCCGAUCUGUACGAGCAGCUGAAGUACCUGCAGAAUGCCGUCGGCGCCGUGCCCUCGCCCUUUGAUUGCUUCCUCGUGAACCGAGGCAUCAAGACGCUGGCGCUGCGCAUGGAGGCCCACCAGGCGAACGCCCUCGCCGUGGCCCGCUUCCUCGAGACGCAUCCUCAGGUGCGGAAGGUCAUCUACCUCGGCUUGGAUUCGCACCCCCAGCGGGCCAUCACCCGACGGCAGUCCUCCGGCACCGGCGGCAUGGUGGGCAUCUACAUCAAGGGCACCCUGGAGACAGCGAAAGCUUUUCUCUCCGCCUUGAAGCUAUUUACCCUCGCCGAAAGCCUCGGUGCCGUGGAGAGUCUCAUCGAGAUUCCGAGCAUCAUGACGCACGCCUCGCUUCCGGCGGAGACCCGAGCCGCUCUCGGCAUUGACGACACCUUUAUUCGACUGUCGGUGGGCGUGGAGGCGGUGGAGGACCUGAUCGCCGACCUAGAUCAGGCGCUGAAAAAGUCCAGCUCGGUGCAGUAA